AAUGAAGCAAAAUAAAUACUUGGAAUUAUUAAUAUCAUUAAAUUAAUAUAUGCCAGUUAUUGUCUGAAAACCGUUUGAUUUUGUAACUGGUGAUGCUGAAUGUGCACUUUCAUUCAUGAAGAAUAGUUUUCAUUGUUAAAACGUGACAGUGCAAUAAAUGGAAAAAAAAAUAGAGAUGAACAAAACAUAGCUGCCUGUACAAGUUCCACCUGAAGCAAGAUGUCUCGUUUCGAAGCUAAGAAGCCAUCAUUGUGUAAAACUGAACCAUUGACAAGUGAGAAAGUCAGGUUCACACUUUCUGUCUUGAAAGGAAUCCUAGCCUCAUGCUAUGGCCCUUCGGGGAGGCUGAAGCAGCUGCAUAAUGGCUUGGGAGGUUGUGUGUGUACAACCUCACAGUCCUCAGCCCUGCUUCGCAACCUCUCAGUCACCCAUCCAGUACUGAAGGUCCUAACAGCGUCUGUGCAGAAUCAUGUGUCCUGCUUCAGUGACUGUGGCUUAUUUACAGCCAUUCUGUGCUGUAACCUGAUUGAAAAUAUUCAGAAAAUAGGCUUGACACCCACAAAGGUCAUUAAGUUAAAUAAAUACCUCUUGGGUCUCUGCACUAGUUAUCUCAAGUCUGAAGCCUGUAGUUGUCGAAUCCCAGUUGACUUCAGUAGUACACAUAUCUUCCUUGGCUUGGUCCGCAGUAUCUUAACCAGCAAACCUGCCUGUAUGCUCACCAGAAAGGAAGCAGAUCACAUCAGUGCUUUGAUUUUGAAAGCUUUUUUGCUUACAAUUCCGGAAAGUGCAGAAGACCGAGUCAUUUUAGGGAAGAGUAUAAUUGUUCCCUUAAAGGGCCAAAGAGUUAUAGAUUCUGCUGUGUUACCUGGACUGCUCAUUGAAAUAUCAGAAGUUCAACUAAGAUUAUUACCAACCCAAAAAUCAAGUGCCCUCAAGGUGGCACUCUUCUGUGUGUCUUUAUCCGGAGAUUUUUCUAAUGCCGGAGAAGGAACAGUAGUGGUCCCUUACCAAGUGUCCCUUGAGAAUGCAGUUUUAGAGCAAUUGCUUAAUCUGGGAAGGCAGCUAGUUGGUGACCAGGUAGAUCUUGUCCUGUGCCAAAAAGUUAUACACCCAUCUUUGAAACAGUUCCUCAGUGAGCAUCACAUUAUUGCCAUCGACAGAGUUGGAGUGACUCUGAUGGAACCCUUGAGCAAAGUGACAGGAGCAACGCCUAUUGGUUCUCUAAACACAAUAGCUUCUACUACUUAUGGAAGCGUAAAAGAUUUGAGCUCUGCAAGAUUUGGCUCCAAACAUUUUUUCCAUCUUAUUCCUAAUGAGGCAACUGUCUGCAGCUUGCUUCUCUGCAGCAGAAAUGACACUGCCUGGGAGGAGCUGAAGCUCACAUGUCAAACAGCAAUGCAUGUCUUGCAGUUAACAAUCAAGGAACCAUGGGUUUUACUGGGUGGUGGCUGUACAGAAACACAUUUGGCUGCUUAUAUCAGACACAAGGUUCAUAAUGAGGCAGAAGACGUUGUCAGAGAGGAUGGUUACUCUCAAGCAGAACUCCGGAUUGCUACUGAAGCAUUUUGCAGUGCUCUGGAGUCCGUUGCUAGCUCUUUGGAACACGAUGGCGGUGAUAUCCUCAUUGACAUGAAGUAUGGACACUUUUGGUCAGGUCAAUCUGAUUCUGCUUCUGUUGUUAACUGGCAGGAUAUGCUGUCAAGGUGUGGGUGUGGCUUGUACAACAGCCAGGAAGGACUCAGCUGGUCUUUCUUAAGAAGCACCUAUCAUCCUUUUGCACCUCAAAAAUGCCUUUCACAGGCAGCUGUGGGCACAGCCAGCAACCUGACUGUGGACUGUUUCACUGCCAAGCUUAGUGGCCUACAGGUGGCUAUAGAGACAGCCAAUUUGAUUUUAGAUCUUUCAUAUGUCAUUGAAGAUAAAAACUAACAUAAGAGAUUGGCAUAUUUAUGUUAUGAAACAAACCAGUUCAGAUGUCUAAGAAAAAUGGUUAUCAUAUUGUUCUCUCCAAAAGGCCUGUUCUGUGUAGGUGGAGAGAUGAUUUUAUAAAAGUGUAGACUUACCUGCUUAAGGAAGGGUAUGGAUGUUAAAUAGAAAUUUAUAGACUAAUAAAAAAUUCCUGAUGCCUUUGCAUCAUCACCAUCACCCCACUUUUAUAAAUACUAUAGGUAGUGUGUCACCUAAGAAUAUGGGAAUUGCCCUUGUACUUUUUUCCUGCUCCAAUGAGGGGUUACCCUGAACCUUUCCCAAGAUAAGAGUCUUCACUUUUCAUGAUUUAACUUUUCAUAAAACUUGAUAUUUUCCUUGAUGUAACAUUGUUACUCUCAUUUUAAAUAUUCUAAAAAUUUGUUGGGAUGUUUUAAUAAACUCAUUGUGUUCCAUAAAGUUGUAUAUAAUCUUUCCUGGAAAAUACUGGAAAUGCAAGUAAACAUAAGUCACAUGCUCUUGUAAUCUCAACUACUACAGAAUUUGAGGCAGGAGCAUUACUCAAGCCAAGCCCAUGGUCUGCCUAGACAAUAGUAAGACCCUUCUUAGAUGCAGAAGACAGCACUUCACUAAUACUUGAAGAAAUUUAUCCAAAUUCAUUCUGACAGAAAUAAAUGACAAAAAAUAUAAAUUCAUCAUAAGCACAUUGUUGUGAUUAAAAGUAAGACUAAGGACCAAGAGAGAUGACUCAGCAGUUAAAGACCACUGGUUGCUCUUCCAAAGGACCUGGGUUCAAUUCCUAGCACCCACAUUGGCAGCUCACAACCUUCUAUAACUCCAAUUCCAAGGAAUCAGACACCUUUUCCAACCUCCUCAAGCACCAGGCAGGCACAUAGUAUACAGACAUCCAUGCACGCAAACUACUUGUACAUGUAAACUAAUUAUAAAGUAAGAUUGAGAUCAGAGUAUUGCCUUAGGAGGUACAUCAGCAAUCAGAGCAGAAACGACUGAUAGCUACUGGCAGGGAGAUAGUGAUGCAGAAGCAAAGGAAGUUAGUGACAGUGACCUGCGGCUUUUGCUAGGCUCACAGGACAUAGAGUAGUAAAAUGACUGAACCAAGUGAGUCCAAUGAAAUUAACAUCUUACAAUCAAAAGAAAUUAGAGAUGGGACAGGAAAAAAGUGAAGAGCUAAAGCAAAUAUUAAAAGAACUUUUCACUCAGAAUACUUGUUUGGUCUUGUAGCUACCUCACUGGUAUUGUGUUAGGAAAUCUCUGUGUUAGAUACAGACCAACACUGCACUGUAAUAAAAUAAUUUGUUCAAGGUACUUAAAUCAUGCAAUUUUUGUUCCUUCUGAUAGAGGUAUAUUUGAACUCACUAGUUUGCAUAAUUAAAAUAUAUAGACAUUACCAUGGUGGAAGCAUAAUGCAUUUCCUUUUUUAUUAAAUUCAAUAAUUUAGCUUUUCUAGCCUGAUCACAAUUUCCUCUCCCUCCUCUUCUCCCAGUCCCUCCCCCACAACAUUCACUACCCACCCCCAUCCAUUCCUCCUUUCUCUUCAGAAAAAGGGAGGCCUCCCUUAUAUGUCAGUCAGCCAUGACAUAUCAAGUUGCAGUGAGACUAGGCACCUUCUCUACUAUCAAGGCUGGACAAGGCAACCCCGUAGGAGGAAAGGGUCUCCAAAGCAGGUAGCUCCUGCUCUCACUGUUAGGAAUUCCAGGAAAAGACCGACAAAGCUACACUAUAGUGAGAGAUCCACCCAGCAGUACCAUUUGGGCGUGGCCACAGGUGCAUACGUGAGUGUGUGGUAUUUGGACUGGGGGCUGGGACAGGCUUGUGCUCUCUUGGUUCUGGUCGGGUCACAGAGAGCAGCCUGAGUGUGGAUCCUCGGGGAAGGAACUUGUGGGUCAUGGGUUUCUUAUGUAAAUGACUUGUCCCUGAAUAAAUUUAACCUAUACUUAA